AUGGAAUCUUUCCCAUCGUCCUUUGGUAAUAACUACAUACUUUUCACAGUCGAUUACGUAUCUAAAUGGAUAGAAGUUGUAACCUCACCCACAAACGAUGUGCAAGUAGUGAUUAAGUUGUUCAAGAAUAUAAUCUUCCCGAGGUUUGGUGUACCAAGGUUAGUCAUUAGCGACGGAGGAUCCCACUUUAUAUCUGGAAUUUUCGAAAAACUCUUAGUGAAAUAUGGAGUCCGACACCGUGUAGCAACACCUUACCACCCACAAACUAGUGGACAAGUUGAAGUCUCGAAUAGACAAAUCAAGCAAAUACUUGAAAGGACUGUUGCUACAUCUAGGAAGGAUUGGUCAACUAAGUUACACGAAGCACUGCUAUUGGAUAUCAACGAGUUGGAGGAAAUUAGAUUGGAUGCUUACGAGAAUGCUAGGAUUUACAAAGAAAGAACAAAGAAGUGGCACGAUAAACGCAUCUCAAGGAAGGAAUUCAAUGAAGGAGAUGUGGUGCUACUGUUUAAUUCUCGACUUAAGCUAUUCCCAGGAAAACUUCGUUCAAGGAGGUCUGGUCCAUUCGAAGUUACCAAAGUAUAUCCGAGUGGCGCUGUCGAAAUUAAAGGAAAAUCGAGCGAUAGCUUCGUUGUAAACGGGCAGCAAUUGAAACAUUACCAUAUAGUUGAAAACAAAGACUACAUUGAUAGUCUUAAGCUCGUAGAGUUAAUCGUCGAGUCGUAG